AUGUGCCGUCUACUUCAUCUGCUUAGUCUGCUGUCUUGUGUGUUCUGCCUGGCCAAUGGCCAGUGGGAAAACUGUGGCCAGGAGUCGUCAACGUUGCUCUGUCGAGGCGAGCGAGCCAUGAGAAAUGUGCUGAGAAAUCUCAGUAAGAGUGAGAAGCCACUGGUGAUAAUGCGAGGACUCGAGAUUGUCCCACUGCGUAAUGAGACAGCGGGCAAUGAGUUGGAGGCGCCACCAGAGACUGGCGCCGACACAGAUGCAACGCUGCUGGACAGUCUAGCCUUGUAUUUGCGCACACAUGAAGUCAAUUUGAAGCUGUCAGAGCUGCUGGAUGAGCACCAUGGAGGUCAAGUAACAGAGGCACGCAAAAAGGACAAAGGACAGGGACUGAUGCUGGCAAUGGCUUUGAUGUUUGGCAAAAUGAUGGCAGUGCUGGGUCUCGGCGGCAUUGGAGCACUCGCCAUGAAGGCACUGGGCGUGGCAAUGAUGGCACUGCUGAUGGCAGGCAUGCUGGGUCUAAAAACGGUUGCCCAGCAGGGACACGAGACGAGUCACAGCAUCUCAUAUGUAACCGGAGAGGGACAUCAUCACAAGCGACGUCGCCGGUCAGCGGACAGCAUUCAGGUUGUCUCGGAGCAACGGCAUCAGCAACCUUUGCCAUACAGAGGCUGGAUGUACUAG